UUUAUUAUGGUUGUCUUUGUAAUGGCCCAUAUUUUUCAGGUCUUGGCUAUGGGACACAAGUGAUCGUGACGCUGCUGAACUUCUACUACAUCAUAGUCCUGGCUUGGGGGAUGUUCUAUCUGUCUUUUUCCUUCUCCUGGGAUCUCCCUUGGUCUUCCUGCAACAACACAUGGAACACAGAAAACUGCGUGGAGUUCCAGAGGAGGAACACCUCCGUCAACCAGACACUCUCCCCAAAUGCUACCUCUCCGGUCAUGGAGUUCUGGGAGAGACGAGCGCUGAGGAUCUCGCCCGGGAUCGACCGCAUGGGCUCGCUUAACUGGGACCUGGUCCUCUGUCUGUUCAUCGCCUGGGUCAUGUGCUACUUCUGUAUCUGGAAGGGGGUUAAAUCCACAGGAAAAGUGGUCUACUUCACGGCAACCUUCCCCUAUCUGAUGCUUAUUGUGUUGCUGGUGAGGGGACUCACCCUACCCGGUGCAGGGAUUGGGAUUCAGUUUUACCUCUAUCCUGAUUUGGGACGUCUGUCAGACCCGCAGGUAUGGAUGGAUGCCGGGACGCAAAUCUUCUUCUCCUAUGCUAUUUGUUUAGGCUCCUUGACCGCUCUCGGCAGCUAUAAUAAAUACAACAACAACUGCUACAGAGACUGCCUGGCGCUGUGCUUUCUGAACAGCGGCACUAGUUUCGUGGCUGGAUUCGCCAUCUUCUCCAUUUUGGGUUUCAUGUCUUACGAGCAGAACGUUCCCAUCUCGGAGGUAGCGGAAUCUGGGCCGGGUUUAGCCUUCAUUGCUUACCCGCGCGCCGUGACAAUGAUGCCUUUCUCUCCCCUGUGGGCCGCCCUCUUCUUCAUCAUGAUCGUUUUUCUCGGGCUGGACAGUCAGUUUGUAUGUGUGGAAAGUCUCGUGACUGCCAUCGUUGACAUGUACCCCACCACUUUCCGGCGCAAAAACCGCCGGGAGCUCUUCCUCCUUGCUGUGGUCUUCCUGUCCUUCCUGGUGGGCCUCAUCAUGCUCAUGGAGGGUGGCAUGUACGUCUUCCAGCUCUUUGAUUACUAUGCUGCUAGUGGCAUGUGUCUUCUCUUCAUGGGCCUUUUUGAGACUGUUUGCAUUGCGUGGGUCUACGGCGCCGAUCGCUUUUAUGAAAACAUCGAAGACAUGAUCGGCUACCGUCCCGGCCCUUACAUCAAGUACUGCUGGAUGUUCUUCACCCCUGCCACGUGCAUUGGUACCUUUGCCUUCUCGCUCAUUAAAUACACCCCCCUAAAAUACAACAACGAGUAUGUUUAUCCGUGGUGGGGCUACGUGAUUGGCUGGCUUCUGGCUCUCUCCUCCAUGGUCUGCAUCCCCUUGUGGAUGGCGUAUAAGAUCAGCACCACCCAAGGAACAUUCAGGGAGCGCAUCCAGCUGCUCAUCACGCCAUCUGAGGACUUACCCAAAACCAAGAGAGAGCAGGAGAGGUUGCUGGCCAUUUUUGCUCCGGAGGACGACUCCGGCAGGGACAAAAAUGGCUACCGCCCCGUGUCGGAGCAAGACUCCGACUUAUGAGGCACCCGCGGAGCUACAGAAAGUGGAUUUUGGUUCAAUUUCAAGAGCUAAAUAGAAUAACACGGUGACAGCUAAAUCGCUAAUAGCUUGCUUGUGAAUGCAGCCAACUCUGUAUCCAUUAAC